GCCGCCGCCGCCGCCUCGCUGCUGCCGGCGCCCAUCCACCUCCUGCCGCCGGACGCGCUCCACAACGUGCUCCUCCGCCUCCCCCUCCGCGACGCCGUCGUCUGCCGCCCGGUAUCGCGCCUCUUCCACGAAACCCUCUCCCACAACUUCCUCGCCCUCCUCCCCUCCCUCCGCCUCCUCCUCCUCCGCCACCCGCGCCCCGAAGGCGGCGGCUGCCUCCACGCCUUCGACCCCGACCGCCGCACGGCUCCGCUCCCCUUCUCCGCCUUCCUCCCCAACCAGUCCUUCUCCCCCGUCGCCUCCUCCCCCUCUCUCCUCUACCUCUGGCUCGAGUCCCCUUCGCCUUCCCCGCCAUCCCUCCCCUCCUCCUCCUCCUCCUCCUCCACCGCCUCCACCGCCCACCCGCCCAAAUCGCUCGCUGUCUGCAACCCCUUCGCGGGGACCUACAGCUUCCUGCCCCCUCUCGGAUCUGCCUGGGCGCGCCACGGCACCGUCCUCGCUGGCCCCGGCGGCGUCGUCCUCGUGCUCACCGAGCUCGCCGCCCUCUCCUACACCCCAUCCGGAUCCGGCAAGUGGAUGAAGCAUCCCCUCUCGCUCCCCUCCAAGCCGCGGAGCCCUAUACUCGCCUCCGGCGCUGCCGCCGUCUUCGCGCUUUGCGAUGUCGGCACCCCGUGGCGCAGCCAGUGGAAGCUCUUCUCCUGCCCGCUCUCCAUGCUCACAGGCGGCUGGGCCCCCGUCGAGCGCUCCGCGUGGGGCGAUGUCUUCGAGAUCCUCAAGCGCCCGCGCCUCCUCGCUGGUGCCGGCGGCCGCCGUGUCCUGAUGAUCGGCGGCCUCAGGUCCUCGUUCGCCAUAGACGCGCCAUGCUCCACGGUGCUCAUCCUACGCCUAGAUCUGGCCACCAUGGAGUGGGACGAAGCUGGCCGCAUGCCUCCCAAUAUGUACCGUUGCUUCACCGGCCUCUGUGAGGCUGCUGCACAGGGUAAUGCCAUGCCUACUGCUGUUGCUGGUGGCAACAACAAGGUCAAGGUGUUUGGCGGUGAUGGCAAGGUGUGGUUUGCUGGAAAGCGGGUGCGAGGGAAGCUGGCAAUGUGGGAGGAGGAUGAGCUAGGCAACAGCGGUGGCAAGUGGGACUGGGUUGAUGGUGUUCCUGGGUACAGUGAUGGCGUAUACCGUGGCUUUGUGUUCGAUGGUGGGUUCACUGCUAUGCCCUGAAGUCUAUGGAGAACACAUACCAGUCCGGUGCGUGACUAAAUGCGCUCAGGUUAAGAUUUUAAUUGAUUCGGGACAUCUAUCCAUUGCAUGCAGGGGGAAUUGACAUGUCAAAGAAUUUUAUUUGCAUUGUACUUGGUUCGUAGCAUCAUGAGAUACUUUCAAUUGCUGUACUUGUUAAAAGUGAAAUGUUUUAAAUAUCUUUUCAGGGUUUGUUGCUUCAGACAAUAAAAUUCAGGUUACUUUUAUUUUGUUUUGAUGAUUUCGUAGGGGGGAAUAUGUGUAUGGUGAUCACUCUGCUUGUUACAUGAACAAGGUGAUCACAUCGUUAUAAUAACUUUGCUGAUCUUGACUCGCGACA